GGAGCGGGCGGCGGCGGUUGCUGAUUGGGCGUUGGCGCCGCGCGGAGGCCGGGUGUGGCCCAAGGUUCGACGCCGCCAACGGACGGGACGGGACGGACGGUCUGCCGGGCGGGAGGCGAGGCGAGGCGGAGGAGGAGGAGGAGGGCAUGCUGAGCGAAGCGGAGAGCGGAGCCGAGAGCCCUGCGGGGGAGCCCGCGGCGGCCAAGCCGGCCAACAACGCCGCCGGAGUCGGAGGCGCCCGCAGCCAGGCCGCCAAGCGGGUCUUAGCCACCCAGGUGCAAGGCACGGUGAAAUGGUUCAACGUCCGCAAUGGCUAUGGAUUCAUAAACAGGAAUGAUACCAAGGAGGAUGUGUUUGUGCACCAGACGGCGAUCAAGCGAAACAAUCCCCGCAAGUUCCUCCGCAGUGUUGGAGACGGGGAGACGGUGGAGUUCGACGUGGUGGAAGGAGAGAAGGGCGCCGAAGCGGCCAACGUCACCGGCCCCGGCGGCGUCCCGGUGAAGGGCAGCCGCUACGCCCCCAACCGCCGCCGCUUCCGCCGCUUCAUCCCCCGGCCUCGGCAGGCCCAACAGCAGCAGGACGGUGGCCGGACGGAGGGGGCCGCCGAGACGGUCAGCGAGGGGGAGAGGGCCGACGACGCCGUGCAGCAGCGCCCCCGGCGGAGGCGCCCCCCGCCCUUCUUCUUCCGGCGGAGAUUUGUGCGCGGCCCUCGGGCUCAAGGCCAGCAGCAGGCUCAGCCAGCGGAUGGCACUGAGAGCGCCGAACCCAAGGAUGCCACCCAGCCUGAGGGAGACCAGCAGCAGCAGAUCCAGGCCGGGGAGAGAGCCCCGGCACCACGCUUCCGCCCCAGAUACCGCAGGCCUUUCCGCCCCCGCCCACCCCAGCAGCCCACCACUGAAGGAGGCGAUGGAGAGACCAAAGCGGCCCAGGCCCCGGCAGACGGCAUCCGCCCGGAGCCCCAGCGCCAGCGCAACCGCCCUUACUUCCAGCGCAGGCGCCAGCAAACGGCCGCCGGCCGCCAGACUGCAAAUGAGGCUGCCACGGCCACCAAAGACCCACCUGCUCCCAGCUCCGCAGCCGCAGGUGGAGACACUCCUGCCUCGGCUCAAGACGCGGUGAUGGAGGCCAGCAAGCCCGCCUCCCCGGCCCAGGAGAACGCCUCCCAGCCGCUGCCGGAAAUCCAGCAACAGCUUGUGGACAUCUCAACACCUGAGCCUGGGGGAGAGCUGGCCCCCACCGCCGUCCUGGCAUGAUGCGCCUUCACCCGGUCAGGGGAUGCCGAGAGCCGUGAUCUGGUGUCCACCAUGUGCCUGCCAACCCAAGUUACCUCAUCCUGGACUUGAAGAGACCCCAAACUUCACCAGUAUCCCCCCUUUUGCUGCUGUUGAUGCCCCAAAUGUGUAAAA